AUGCAAGAAGCCAAGUAUUAUGGACUGGGCUUAGAGAAUUAUGGGGAUGCAAGUUCACGGAGGAGGAAGAAUGAAUCGAUAAGCUAUAGAGGCUGGACCAGGGGCUACGAAGUGGACGAUUUGAUACAUGAUCCAAAGCAAAGCAAAGUCUGGGACAGAAGCUAUAAUUUUGGAAACGCUUUCAAUAGCCGCGCAUUCUUUAACGUCGGUUUGCUGGUUCUCACCGUCGUCGGACUCUUCACGCUCUUCGCUGGCUAUCCACUCUACGCUUAUUAUGGUAAAACAAAUACAGUCUCACAUCACGGUCAAUUCGCUCAUUACAACAAAACUGGACAAAUUCCUUGGUCUAUGCCUCGCAGAGGCCUCAUAGAUCCAGACACACCAAUGGAAAACCGGACAAGAAUCGGUACAGACGGUCAUUUAUACGAGUUAGUCUUCUCUGAUGAAUUCAACGAGGAUGGUAGAACAUUCUGGCCAGGUGACGAUCCAUACUUUGAAGCUGCUGAUAUGCAUUACUGGUCUACACGUAACUUAGAGUGGUACUCUCCUAGACAAGUAACGACCAGCGAUGGUAGUUUGAGGCUCACAUUGAACGAAACAAGCUCUCACAACCUUGAUUUCGAAGGUGGUAUGUUAACAACUUGGAAUAAGUUCUGUUUUACAGGUGGUUACGUAUCAGCUAGUGUCCAACUUCCUGGUACAAAUGACGUCUGGGGUAUUUGGCCAGCGUUCUGGAUCAUGGGUAACCUCGGAAGGGCUGGUUAUGGUGCAACAUUGGAUGGUAUGUGGCCAUACACUUAUGAUGCAUGUGAUGUUGGAACAUUGCAAAACCAAACAAUGGGUAAUUACCCAGAAUUAGCAUAUACCUCGGGGAUUGAAGGUAAAGCAUUAUCGUUUUUGCCUGGACAGAGACUCUCUCGUUGUACUUGUGCAAAUGAGAUCCAUCCUGGACCAAUGCACGAAGAUGGUACAUUUGUUGGUAGGUCAGCAGCAGAGAUUGAUGUAUUCGAAGCACUCGUCGAUGCAGAUAUGAAUCUAGCAUUGUCGUCCAUGUCUGGUCAAUUCGCACCAUUCAACCCUCACUAUGAUUGGAAGAAUGACACUGAAAUGUGGCUUAAGUAUCCAGAACAGGACAAAUACAAUGAAUUCCAAGGUGGUGAAUGGCAACAAUCAACCUCUGUUAGAUUGGUGAAUAAUCAAAAUGCAUAUGAGAAGUCUGGUGGUGAAUAUGAGACUUAUGGAUUAGAGUACAACCCUGGAUAUGGUCAAGAUGGAUACAUUGCUUGGCACAUGGCUAAUGAGAAUAGAUACACAAUCUUUGCAGAUGCCAUGAGAGCUGUACCAGAGUUGGGAAUUAGUGAUCGUCAUAUUUCUGGUGAACCAAUGUACAUAAUUCUCAAUAACGGUAUAUCGAAUAAUUUUGGUGGUAUAAACUGGGACGCAUUGGAUGGGACAUGGCCUAAUGUCAUGUCCAUUGAUUGGAUUAGAGUUUAUCAAAGAAGGGAUAGGAUAAAUCUAGGUUGUGAUCCACCGAAUAUGCCAACUGCAGCAUACAUAGAUUAUUACAAGGAUGCAUAUACCAACCCCAACAUUACAACAUGGGAGCAAAUGGGAGAAAAACCAGUCAAAAAUGCAAUUCUCAAUCAAGAUGAUCCAGAAUGUGAAGCUGCUAUGCAAUUAGUUCCGGAUGAACUAAUAGGACAUGACAACAUCAAACCUGUCUUACCAGCUACGCUUAAACCACCAAUACCUGCACCUGAAAAUCCAGGUCCAUUAAUCAUGCCACCAAUACCCCCAGAACCGGACUUUAGUGAAUUGGAAGAGGAUCAAAGACCAACUGUCUAUCCAUACUUUGUUAAUCCUCCACCAAUUCGUAGACCUAUUCAUAAUUUAGGACCUGCAGCUCCACCUUCACUGCCAAAUGCACCACCAUUUGACAGAAUGCCUGAAGAGCAGAGUCGUCCUGAGCCUACAGCUAUUAAUGAACAACUUGAGCCAAUUGAGACGGGACGUCCACAUGAACGCCCUACCGGACCACAUAGUAUUGAAGAUAUAGGAGAUAUAUAG